UAAUUUAGUUACAUCUGAUUAUGGGAUGGGGAGGCCGUCUCCGAAAUCCGAAUCGGACCAGCCGCCGCCGGUGCUUCUUCGUCAGCGCAGCUCAGUCACGCCCCACCCCCACCAGGCCACCCCGAUCCUUCCCCCUGUCGUGGAUCGCGCGCUCCAUCGCGGCCACCCUUUCCUCGCCGCGAGGGGAACUCGACUCCGACUCCGACGAGCCGGAGCCCGAGGCCGCCUCCGCCGGGAGCGGAGCGGGGCCGGUGGCCGGGGGCCGUCGCCGAGGAGCCCGGCACGCCGAGCCGCGGCGUCAAGGACGACAUCUCCGAGCUCAACGAGACCCUCGCCCGCCGCUUCUGAGGCGUCGCGUCGUUCGUGGCGUCGCCCUCGACACCGCCGGAGGCCUCAACCCCGCGCACCGGCGCCGCCGGAGGGGGAUAUCGACGAGGCCGAGAUCGACGAAGGGGAGCCCGUGCCCGGUGUCACCGAGGAGGGGCAGAUCGACGAGGGGGAGCCCGUGGUGUUCGUCAGGCACAUCUCUAUGUGGCCCGAGAAAUGGUUCGAUUUGCCCCUCUUCACCAGCGAGCGCCACGCCGAUGAGUUAUACUCAUGUACCCCUCACGGAGAUGGCUGGGCUGUUCAUGGCGUACCGCCGCACAGGGUUCGCCCUGCGCAACGACACCUACGCCGAGGCCUUGUGGGUGGAUCCAGAGAAGGUGCUUGAAGCCGAGAAGAAAGCAGCGGCAGAUCGAGCACAACGAGAUUGAUGAGGAAACCCUCCCUGAGGUUAUUGGUAUGGGGUAUGACAAGAACUUGUUGGUGGUAUCACUCUAAAACAGACUGCAAAAUGAGGUAUUAUUCAUUUUGCACGUUGUUGUCUUUAUACACCCUUUUCUUUUUCUUCUAUGGUCAUGGCUGGAUUACUCGUUAUAUGUGCAUGCAACUGUUGCAUAUUAUUUGUUGUUGGACAAUAGGCUUCGUACAACCAGUGCUUAUCUUGGAGCUGAAUGCCAAGAAGCUAUG